GUGCCUGACGCCAUUCGAAAAUGUCAACGAGCCGGCAUCACUGUACGAAUGGUUACGGGAGACAAUGUGAACACUGCCCGUUCGAUUGCCACCAAGUGCGGCAUCAUUCGGCCUGGAGAAGACUUUUUAGUGCUGGAGGGUAAAGAGUUCAACAAGCGCAUUCGCGACUCUAAGGGCGAAGUUCGCCAGGAGCUCUUCGACAAGGUCUGGCCGCGGUUGAGGGUGCUCGCUCGCUCCUCGCCCUCCGACAAGUACAUCCUCGUGAAGCACAUCAUCGAGUCAAAGUUGAAUCCAAAUCGAGAGGUGGUGGCCGUCACCGGCGACGGCACCAACGACGGCCCCGCCCUCAAGAAGGCCGACGUCGGCUUCGCCAUGGGCAUCGCCGGCACUGACGUCGCCAAGGAGGCCUCUGAUAUUAUCCUCACCGACGACAACUUCUCCAGCAUUGUCAAGGCGGUGAUGUGGGGUCGCAAUGUCUACGAUUCAAUUGCCAAGUUUCUGCAGUUUCAGCUUACCGUCAACGUGGUCGCCGUCAUUGUCGCCUUUGUCGGCGCCUGCACUAUUGAGGACAGUCCACUGAAAGCCGUGCAGAUGCUGUGGGUCAAUCUGAUCAUGGACACGCUGGCCUCCCUUGCUCUGGCCACUGAAAUGCCCACCACCUCGUUACUGUUGCGAAAGCCGUACGGCCGAACGAAGCCACUCAUCUCGCGGACAAUGAUGAAGAACAUCAUCGGUCAUGCCAUCUACCAGCUGGUGGUCAUCUUCAGCCUCCUUUUUGCGGGUCACCGCUUCUUCGACAUUGACUCCGGCCUGGGCGCCUCACUGAACGCCCUGCCCUCGCAGCACUUCACCAUCAUCUUCAACACCUUUGUGAUGAUGACGCUUUUCAAUGAGGUGAACUCGCGCAAGAUUCACGGCGAGCGAAACAUCUUUGAGGGCCUCUUCUCCAAUCCCAUCUUCUACGGCAUCCUCUUCGUCACUGCCAUUGCUCAAGUGAUCAUCGUGCAGUUCGGCGGUAGACCCUUCAACACCGCCGCGCUGACGCUGGAGCAGUGGAUGUGGUGCAUCCUCUUCGGCGUGGGCGUGCUCGUCUGGGGCCAGAUCAUCACCACCAUCCCCACGAAGCGCAUUCCCAAGCAGUUCAGCUGGGGCAGCGGCCCGCCUGAUGAGAUGAUCGACGCGACCAGCUCGCUGGUGGAGGACGGCAGCAGCGGCUCCCUCUCGCAGGACGUCAAACGCACCGGGCAGAUACUGUGGAUUCGCGGCCUGACACGCCUCCAGACUCAGCUGCGAGUUGUACGCGCCUUUCGCUCCACCCUAGAGGACAUGGAGGAGCGCCGGUCAGUGCACAGUAUGCACAACUGCCUGCGCACCUCGCGCAGUCACCCGGGACCGAUUCGCAGCUGCUGCCCCUACGCCAUCGACCCCGCCACCGGACAGCCCAUUCUCCUGCCCGCAGGGGCGGCGCUCAUAGGGGCGGCCAUGGGCGGCCAUGGCGGCCAUGGCGGCGCCGGCUCUCCGCUCACCUCGAUGCACAUCAGCGGCGGUGGCAGUGGCAGCGGCUGCCACCCGCCCUCGAUCUACUCCAACUCGCAGAACAACUCCUCGGCGAGCAUCAAAAUUGACACCGACAACUAUCACCCCAACUAUUUGCAUCAUCUUUGGAACAAUACUAAUUUUGUAGUUGAUAAAAAAGAGAAACUGUUUGUACUAGCUGACAUAAACGCUGCGAUGAACAUCUCUAGACAGCCUCCACUUGACAAACAGAAUCCGGCUUUAGCAUUGCGUGUACUGCGUUUUGGCUCAAACGAAACAAUAGUUACUGGAAUGGUUAAUCAAACAAAAUUGAUGGAAGUUGAUGUGAUUGUUUCGGCAGAAAAACAAGCAUUUGCUUAUCACAUAAUCAAUCAAAAUAACACAAAAAUUUACAAAUUGUUGCCAGCUGAGCAUGAAGAAUUGGUUGGCCCAGUAUCUAUUAACCGACAUUCGGAAGUAAAACCACUACUGGUUCAGUUUUCCUUUCACCUGAAUCCACUUGCCGAGAAGGAUGUGGCAGAGGCGGCAGCGGCGGCGACGACGUCCAGCUCUGCCACCCCGUCAAAGGUGAAAGCGUCGCCUGACACUAAAGAGAGCGUUUGGGAUAUGCUGGUGAAGUAUCAUCUCUUCUCUUGGGACAUCUAA